UGUCUUCAAUGUGUCGUGGUGGUGCAAAACACCGCCAGGUCCCCGGAGAUCCAUCAAGAGUUCCAGGAUCCAAAAUCCUGCGGAAACGGCGGCUCUGCGCCCAAAAACCUGUCUUUUGGAGAACUGAAUUGACGAUAACUCUUAACUGGCGGUUAGACCAUCUGGUCCCCUCCCGUCCAGGAACAGUAGAAGCCAUCAGCCCCGCCAUCAUCCAGGGCCGAAUCGAGGAUAUGGUUCUCCACCUCCGCCAUAACCUGCAAUGGUAUAGGCCUGAGAACUGAGAAUCGCCUAAAGGAUCUGCUCCCCUUCAUCGAUGUCGGUGCGAUCGAGGAGCAAGGGGUCUUGGCCAUACCGAAAUGGACGGCUCAGAAGGUUCACAACAGGAUGCUGAAGAACAACGUCCAGGCACGGCCGGAGUUGAAAGGCAAGCUGGUGCCCACCAUGCAUGAUUGGGACGCUCGAGAUCGCUGGGGAUAACGCGAAAAGCAUUUUCAUCGAAUCGUGUCUUGCUUGCUGUCCGGUAGCGGCCGGAGAGGCGGUGGCGCUUCGGUCGGACGACUAUGACAACGUAGGGGGGAGGGCGAUUGACAAUGCGUCGGACGUAUUCUUUGCAAC